AUGAUUCACGAUGCUGUGCUCGACUACUACGGACGGCGGCUAGCAACAUGUUCCUCGGACAAGACCAUCAAAAUCUUCGAAGUUGAGGGCGAUUCGCAUCGGUUAACGGAGACACUGAAGGGCCACGAGGGUGCAGUCUGGUGUGUCUCGUGGGCGCACCCCAAAUACGGCAACAUCCUCGCCUCAGCUUCCUACGACGGCAAAGUCUUCAUCUGGCGCGAGCAGUCCUCCCAGUGGCAAAAAGUCUACGAGUUCGCUCUCCAUACCGCAUCCGUAAACCUCGUCUCCUGGGCGCCGCACGAAGCAGGCUGCCUGCUCGCCUGCGCUUCCUCGGACGGCAAUGUGUCGGUGCUCGAGUUCAAGGACAAUAGCUGGUCUCACCAGAUCUUCCCUGCGCAUGGCAUAGGCGUCAAUGCCGUUAGCUGGGCGCCUGCGAUACAGCCGGGGAGCUUGACUAGUGCGGCACAGCCUGGUCCCGGCGCGCUGAGGCGGUUUGUGACGGGUGGAAGCGACUGUGAAGUCAAGAUUUGGGAGUUCAGUCCUGAAACUAACACCUACAACUGCGUGUCGACCCUGAAAGGCCACGGUGACUGGGUGCGCGAUGUUGCGUGGUCCCCGACUAUCCUCUCGAAAUCUUACAUUGCCUCUGCAUCACAAGACAAGACGGUACGGAUCUGGACAAGCACCAAUCCAAGUCUUUCAGGCGAGUGGAAAUCCACAACUCUGAACUUCGAUGCCGUUGCAUGGCGCGCCAGUUGGUCCCUCAGCGGCAAUGUUCUCGCCGUAAGCACAGGCGACAACCGGGUUAGCUUAUGGAAGGAGCGGUUGAGCGGAGGAUGGGAACUAAUCAAGACGAUCGAAGAGUAG